AUGUUCAUGUCCAAAUCAAAUUCAUCAUCUCAACGUUCAUCAUCUGGUUCUUAUUAUCAAUCAUCUCAACAUUUAUCAUCUCAUGCAUAUCGUUCAUCUUAUGCAAAACAUUAUCCAACAUUUCAUGUUCACUCGUCGGACUAUGAAUUAGUAUUUAUCAACAACAAUACAUCAACACAUACGAUAAACAAAUUAUUAAAUCAUGUGGGUACAUGUAAACAAUAUGCAAUAGACACAGAGUCUGAACGAACGAACAAUCAAUUAUCAUUAAUACAAAUUAAUUCUAUACCAAUUGAAGCACCAUCACGUGUAAUGUUAUUCGAACUGAAGCAUUUACCGAAUCAACAUUCACAAAAGUAUGACAAAAUUCUUCAAUUGUUUCAAUUAAUUUUUAGGUUGGACAAUGAAAUUUAUUCCUGGGGAGACAUGCAAAGGGAACUUGAACCAGCAAAAGAUUUAAUUAUCUGGCCAAUUCCUGCAACAUUAAAUAAUAUUCAACCACAUUUUCCUGCAUGGUAUAAUUGGGCACGGACCCAGUGUAGGGUCCAGAGCCUGUCACAUCGAAAUGAUACGAAUGAUGAUAAUGAAAUUAUACAACAACAUCAACAACAAUUAUUAUGUCAUUGUCAUCCACCGUCACCAUACCAAAUUAAUGAACUCUGGUCUCUUCAAAAUGCAUUUAGGUAUGGAUGUAAUUUAUUUUUAGAUAAAUCGUGCACACUAAGUCAUUGGUCAUCAAGUUUAUCAUCAAGUCAUUCAUCAUUAUCACAUGCUGAUCAAAAGAAGAUGAUCCAUUAUGCUACACACGAUGUUAUGGCUGUUACAUUUUUAAUACGACCAAUUACUGAAAAAUGGACAUUUGACAAAAUUAAAAAUAGGAAAAUGAAUGAAAUGUUUGUCGCAUUUGAUUCAAUUAAACUUCCACCAUUACCAACAUCAAAAAAUAAAAAAAUCAAGAACAUCAACAUGCAAAAAUUCGCUACAUUAUUUAGAUGUAAUGAUCCAGAUGCAGAAGAAAUUUCAUCGGACGAUGAGAUAUAUUUAAAUCAAUUAAUUAAACAAAAUGAUUUAAAAAAUGAACAAAAUAAUAAGAAAAAUGAUGACGAUGAUGAAAUUAUGUUAGAACAAGAUCAAAUUGAACCAAUUGAUGACAAUUAUAUACCCGUUAAUAAUAAUUUAUUAAAUGAUAAUGAAUUAAUUGUCAACAACCAUUAUAUGGUUGAUGACGUCAAUGAUAAAGAAGAAACAGCACCAACGAAAAAACAUACAAAGCAUCAACAACGAUCCAUACAAGCUCGACAUAGAAGAAAUCAACGAAGAAACAAAGCACUUAAAAGAAAACGGUAUUAUUAUUCAAUUAAACGUAAAUGGUAUCCUCGUUUUACGAUGUUAAUCAUCCGAAAAAUCCUUCGUUUAUAUAAUAUUGAUUAUACACAUGUUAGAACAGAUGGAGACAAAUUACUAAUCGGAUUGAAGAACCAACAACGUGAAAAAACAGCUGAACAUCAACUGCCAAGCAACAUCUUCAACAGACAGAGUUAUCUCCAUUACCGAAAAUUAUUUCGAUGA